GCACAGUCCAGGCUGCAGAUUAGUAGCGCGACGUAGCGGCAGAGAUACACCACCAGUCAACGGGUUCCAAAUGGAUGCACAGUAGAAAUCUUCACGUGUGCCGUUGUUCGUGCUUUUUGCAAGUCGCCACUCUCCACCGCUGCUCUCCGUCUCUGGAUUUUUCGUUCACACGAGGGGAAAGUAUGUUCCAGGGCCUAUCGGAGCCAAGGAUAAUACAGACGGAGACCGUCUUCCGCUCGGCGAGCACGGGCAUGGAUUAAUCGCUCAAUCGACGUUUAGUGUCUUCGGAGAAGAUCAGGUAAUGAUGAGGUGACUAGCGUGACGUUGUACCCUAUUCGGAGGUACCAUGGGGGACCCCAGCAGCACUGUGGCCUUGCACUACCUGGGCAGCGGGGAGGUUUGUAGCUCCUCGGCAGGCAAACACACGGAGGGCCUUGUCCACCGUCUUCUCCUGCGCCACCUCCGCGAGGAGAAGGCCUCGGACAGUGGAGAGGGGCCGGCGCCUCCCGGCCGGCCCCUGGGUGAGGCCUUCGGGAGGCGUGUGGACCUCCUCCAGAGCGGGGACUUGAGCGGUCUGCGGGCGGUGGACCACGAGACUGGUGUGUCGUUCAUGAGUUGCAAGUGGCAUGCUGUCGGGCAGUGUACGGUGAGCUCCACGCUUCGGCAAUGGUUCACUGUCACGGUCGGGUACUCCGACGACAAGGAGUGGACCUGUUACGUCUUCAGUGCCCCGUCAAGACGUCAGGCCAGGCGGAUGGUAGAGGUGAUUACGAUGAGAAUGGAAGGAGUUGACCCGAGUACCAAGGAUUUACCGUGUCGACGUGCCUCCCUACAGCCGACCCUCCUCAGCCAUCGCCGCUCAACUUCCCUUGCUCCGAAGGCCUUGCUGUCGUUGGAUGGUAGCAGUCGCGUGGAGCUGAGGAGCCCCCUCCUGGGCUCCCGACACCUCCCAUCCAGGCUACGGAAGGCAUCCUUGUCCAAUCUGAGAACGCUGCCCUGCAUCACCGCUUUAACCAUCAACAUGUCUCUGCUGGUCAGGCAACUCCAAUCUGUGACCGGCAACCCAAACGUGGACGCGGACGUUCUGCGGAUGGCCAUCCUCUUCAACGACGUGGCCACCGUGUCAAGGGUUCUGCACGCCCACUUUAACCUGUUCAACGUCAAUUACGACGUGGUUGGUCCGGGGACCAGGAAAGCCCGACCUCGGAGCGAUAGCCUGACCGUCCAGGUGCUGCUGAAUCAGAGCACGGCCCUCAUCAGCAAUUGGGAGAGGAGCCAGGAGGACGACGCCCACCACGGAACACCCAAACCGAGCGUGUUCACGAACGCCUUGCACCUGGCCAUAGCCUGCGGGUCGACCGAAGUGGUACGCCUGCUGGUCAAAUGCGGCGUGGACCCCAACUGCGAAGGGGUGGAACUCCAAGAGGAUCUGGGCCUGACGUCCAACCAGCAGACGAACGGCACUGACCCUGACGGUCUUCAGUACUUCGCCAACCAGAUCAACUCCGUGCGGGAAUGGUUUGUCAAGCCGGCCGUGCAUCUGGCCACGCGGAUGGGGAACUGCCUGAUUGUCAAGACCUUACUGCGUUAUGGCGCCGAUCCCGAGGCUGAGGAUUCCCGAGGCGCCACGCCGCUUCACGUAGCCGCCCAGUCCCCGCUGGAGCGCUGGGAGUGCGCCGCUAUUUUUAUCGAACACGGUGCAAGGAUAUUUAAGGCCGACAGCCGGGGCCAGCGGCCGAUCGACGUGGCCCCAGGGCUGGAGGUGCUCCAGCAGAAAGUGGUCCAGGAGAUCCUGGAUGUGUUUUACCCUGAGAAGGGCCCCGACGACCCCGAGGAGGACGUCCUGCAGCAGCGGAUCAAUUCGGUCCGGGACAACCGCAAGGUGUCUCUCGGACUGCUGGCGCUGCCGCGCUUUGUGGCCAAGGUAGCCCGAUCUCGCUCGCCCAACUCGCGGGACCGGUGCGCCACGGUCUGCAUCCCGCAGGAGGCCAACCAAGACAGGGAGACCCCGGAGCAGAUUGCUGCGGCGGAGAAGCGGAGCCGGAAGAUGAGCCUCGGGCUGUGGAACUGGCUGGACAGGCGCCGGAGAUCAAGGGAGGAUCCCGUGAAGAGCGACCAGGAGCACACCGACUCUGUACCGGGAUCGCCCGUAGAGAAGACGUCGCAGCCCGCGCCGAACGUAAGCGGAAAUGAGCCCAAGCUCAAUAGAUCAAGAACACAUACCCUGGAUGAUAUAGAAGAAGAUGCUUGCUGCGAGACCUUUGCGGCCGAAAGGAGUGUGCAGAUCCUCCAGCGUCUGUCGGCCAAUCAGGAAUGCCUGCCCCUCCUCCUAGACCGCCUACCAGUGUGCCUUCCCAAACUUCAGCCUCUGACGGCCAGCCUGGGAGGACAGCUCGGCCUGGGUGUCGGCAAGAUGCUCCGGAACAUCCUUCAGGCGUGCACGGCGCCAGGUGGCGGAGACGGGACCUUAGAAGGACUGGAUGCAGACGAGAGUCACCAUGGCAGCGGCUCUUUGGAGGGCAUCCGGGGCGAGAGGCUCGGCAAACUGUUUCGCAUCGCCCUUCAGUUCGUCAGAUGCGGCCAGUGCGUCCGGGACGCGGCCCUGAGCGUCGUCAACGCGGUGCUGCGCCUGCACCUGAAGAUGGAGGAGAGCCGGAAUUCGACGUGCUGGGGAUGCAGCAGCAGCCCACGGAGAUCCGCACCGAUCCCAGGAUCGCCUGAGAGAGGGACACCCUACAGGCGGUCCCCCAGACACCAGCGGGAAUACCACGACCAGCAAGGGGAGCAUCUCUCCGUGUCGUUCAGCCGGGGGUCGAACUCCAAAGACAGUGAGUCGAACUCGAUCCCGGCCAGCCCGUCCCUGGACCGAUUCCGGCUGAAGGUGGAGGGCCACCAGCCCAAGACCGCGUCUCCGGGACUAACCAGGAAGCCAAGCUUUCGAUACAGCUCCAACUCCUUCUACGCCAAACGGCUGGUUCUCCGGAAGAGCGUCCACUCCAAGCUGGGCAAGUUCGCCCGGAGCAUCGGCCGGAGCGCCAAGACGAAGCAGGCCUCCGCCCAGCCGACAGUGCACAGCGCGGUGCGGCUCUUGACGACCGUCGACGUCGACAUGCUUCUGGACUGCCUGCAGAGUGUAGCCAGGUCGUCCGAUUCUGCCGAGGAGUCAUCGAGUGAGAGUGAGAAGUCCUCUCCGAAGAGGCCUCCGGCAGAGGCCGGCCCGAGCCAAGUAAAGCAAGCCCAGAGGCUAGCGGCCAGGGCAUUGCUGACAAUAUCCAGCUUACCGUCCACCCGCCGAGCCCUUAUGCGUCCGGAAUACAUGUGGAGACUCCUGUCAGUUUUGGAGCCAACGUGUGACCAGGAUUUCCUGUGCCUCGUUCUUCAAGUCAUUGAGGUCCUUGUUUUGGAUCCAACAAACCACGUGGCCUUAAUGUCGGCAGGCUUGGCCCAACGAAUCGACAAGAUUUCCCGCCAUCACGUCGAUCGAACGUGGGCAAACGAGAAAUCUCCUUACUUCGGAUCCAUUUUGGCGCUGCACAUCACGCGGAUCCGGGUGUACCUGGGGCUGCUAGAUCACAGCGAUCACAGGAUGUCCAAAAGCCUACUGGGCAUGGAAGCCGAAAUUUGCUCCACCACGGAUGUCCCCGCCACGAUCAGGAAUCAGUCCAGUCCGCUUCAUCGCGACGCGGGCAGCGGCAGUGGCGGCGGCAGCAGGGGUGACCGCCGAGGCCCGGCCAGCCUGCUGCUGAAGAUGUCUCAUGCGACACUCGAGACUCUGGUUGCCACGGCGAUCGGUCAUCAUCAAGGCGUGGGAGGCACCGACGGGGGUUGUCAGUGCAACGCAAAUCCAGAGCCACAAGUGAGCACUCGGCACCAGCGCCUCCUGAAGAAUCCAAGAUGUCAACCGCUAGGCCGCUGCCAGUUCUGCUGCUUUCAGGAUACUCUCCUGGAGACGCUGCCCAUGACCGUUCACCCUGUCGUCCUGCUGCGACUGCUGGAGCAGGUGCUGCUUACCACGCUGCGCGGCACGCUGAACGGGACGCAGGGUGAAGCGGGCGAUGAGAUCCUGCAGACCAAGGUCCUGUUGAUGCUGACAAGAUGGUUGGACACCAUUCCCGAGGACUUCCAAUGCAAUCCUUUCCUGCGGCGGGAGGCCUCUCUGCUGAUGAGACGCCUUCCACCCCUCAGCAAGCAUUUCCAGCCCCUUGUCAAGAAGAUCCAGGGGUUGCUUUCCUCGUCUUGCUCCUCAGAUCCUCUCCCCCGACCCAUGAAGACGCAGCAGCACCAGGAGUUUCCCCAGCACAACCCCAGUAUCUCCUCCACCGAGAGCCUACGGUUGGCUGCCACUACCACAGGUGCGGGCGCCUCCCCAGAGCCCGAGGACACCGCCUCAGUGGGCUCCAGCUUCUCCCGGCCUGGUGGCCGGUCGGCAACUGGUGUGAGCGGCCCGCUCAGCCGGUUCAAGCGGAAUGCCUCGCUCAACUCACAGGGCUCCAGCUGCUCGUCAGUCAGCGGGCUUCAGAGCGUGGGCGGCCUGCCCUCUGCUAUCGCCAAGAAAGCCACUCUCAUGUAUGGGGAGGAGCUAGACCAACUCUAUCAGAAGCUGAACCGUGACAUCAUUGAUGAGCAUCUGCCAUGCAGUCAAGAGGACGCAGUGAAACUGGCCGCUCUCCAGCUGUUGGCUGAGUCACCGGCUCACCACACACCCACGACAGCCCCCCACCACCACCACCACAGCCAACAACAACAUCACCACCACCAGCAUCAACAAAACUACCACAAUCCUCAUCACCACCAGCCGCCAGCCCCCACGACCCGGCCAGUCAUGGGCCUGCCCACAGUCACAUUGGACCUGCCUUCUGAGGACCUCGAGACUCCCAUCGUUGACGACUUCAUCCUGGAGGACGAGCUGGGCCAUCAGAGCCCUGAGCCAGACGGUGGCAUCGACCUUCUCCAUCACUGUAUUCAUCAUCAUCCUCAGCUUCAUCAUCAGAGCCCAGGCUUGAGUGACAGACACACCAUCUCCAGGACCUCUGGACCCUGUAAAUCCAGCCCUGAUAACACCAUCGCUGACGGGGACAGUGACAGCCCAUUACCGUGGACGGGCAGGACGGCACCGCAAGCCGGAGAAAACCCUGGUGUGAUUGUCACGCACUCGGGCAACAUUCCACUGGAGGACGCUGCCGCAGCCUCUGCCAUUGCUGCCCACGCAGCGGCUGAUAAAGUCUGCCUGGACAAAGUCAAGCGAUGCCUGCCCCGCGGUUACAGCAAUGCCCGCGCCGUGCAGAAGUCGGCUAAGAGGUGCUUCCAGUGCUACUCGGGUGCGCUGGCAGAUGUGCGCGACCCCGCCGAGCGGAGUUCAAGGGCGAAGCAGAUGUACGUGGAGUUCUGUAAGCAGUUACCUCUAUACGGGAGUAGGAUGUUUCACGUGAAGGAAAUGGCUGGGAGCCGACUGAAAAAGAAGGCUCCUCGCAUCCUUUGCAUCGGCCCCAAGGACAUCUCACUGCUCCAUCCAUCCUCCAAGGCGGUCCUGCGUUGCCACCGCACCGCCCUACUCCAGAACUGGCACAUUGGGCCCUGCCGGCACGGUGCCAGCCACCAGCUGCUCUUGGAGUUCCAGGCCGGCAGCAGCAGCAACAACAGCAAGUGGGCCGUCCAGCCCCUUAGCUUCUUGGAGUUGAAGGCCAUCUGCGCCAACCUGACUGCCGUCAUGCAGAAGGCGCAGGAGAAUGGCGACAUGGACGGGGAGUCACAGGUGCCCGAAGGGUCUCCAUCCACUCUGAAUAAACCCUCAGGCCAAGAUGGCCCCCACAUGCCCCAGAGACAGACCUCCCUCUACCAGGAGGAGUUUGAGCGCUGCCGCAAGCUCCUGCACUUCCCCGAGGAGGUGGCACUUGCCCUGACUGAGACCGAGCAUGCACUGUUUCGUGAGGUGCCGCCUGCCAGCUACGUCAGGCAGGUCACCAAUGCCCGCGGCCAGGGCCUGGAGUUUGCGAAUGGGGAAGAGGCUGGGAGCAAGACCGUCAAGGACCUGCUGCUUCGUUUCCGAGAGGUGAGCGACUGGGUGACUGAAAUCAUCGUCACUGAGGGAGAGGAGAACAAGACCAUGCUGCUGGUCAGCCUGGUGCAAGUAGCAAAUGCCUGCUGGAACAUGGGCAACUUCAACACCGUGAUGGAGAUACUAGACGGCCUCAGGAACUUUUUUGAUUGCUCCAGGUCCAUGCUGGUGCGGCCGCUCUUUCAGGACUCGGAUGAGGCCGACGUGGAGGCCAUGAUGGCGCUCUACGAGUCCAUCAGCAGCAACAGCGCCGAGUACCGGGAGGCCGUGGACCGGGCCAUCUGCAUCCCCGGCUGCAAGGUGGUGCCAUACUUCGGCGCCUUCCUGCGCGAGCUGCAGAGCAUUUACGAUGAGAACUCACCCGUGGUGAUGGUUCCAGAAUCCACUGACAAAGAUGGUGAAAAUGGAACGUUAAAGGACACCACGGCAGAAUACACUGGGGGGCUGCUCAACACGGAGAAAAUGAUGAGGGCGCACUGGGUGCUGACUGAUAUCAGGCUGUGCCGACAGGCUGCAGAGAGGAAUAUCAGCAUGGAGAAGGACAGUGACAGUGAAGGCAAAGAUGAUGAUGAUGUCAAGUCAAUGGGCAAGACGUCCUACAUCACCUGUGAUGACCAGGAGUACCCGUAUGAGCCGAUCCACCCAGUGUCCAACCCCCACCACAUCCAGAUCAUUCCCCACCACCUGCUGGAGCGAGACCUGCACCGGCUGCAGUGCAUGCACCACGGCACCACCCUGGUCCACUGGGAUGACGAGGGCAAGUCUGCCCUUUGCACGCUGCGGCUGGACCCCAGCAACAGCCUGCUGGUCUGGUCCCGGACCUGCCCUACGGGUGGGGGAGAGGACUCGGAGAGCUCGCUGGAGGCGGUGCUGGGUGGCAAGUACAGCUCUAGCACCACGAUAGCCAGCGGACUGGAGGAGGGCUACCUUGACCUGAUGAGUGCAAAGGAUGUCUUCCUGGGCGACCAGGAGGUGGACUUGGCGCCCAUUGCCAAGAGGCACAACCUGCCAGGGCUCAGCCAGGCUGAGAACUCUUUUGCCGUCCUGUACGGCGGCAGCAUUGCUGACAACAGGCUCUUGCAUUUUGUGGCACCCAACCGGACAGUCCUGCUCUGGGCAUACGGUCUCCAGGCCCUGAUCCGGGCCAUUAGACAUUACCGCUUGUACACCGCUGACCGCAGGAUCCUCUGGCUACAGCGAGAAUAUCUCAACUUGUUCUACGAAGACGGGAAGUGCAUCGGACCAACUCCACUAGAAGCUAUGAAAAUUUUUGGCGGUAAAAAUCUGGCCAUGAAGAAACUGCCCAGUGACCGGAACCAAAACUCUGACUCCAGUUCCACGCUGAACAAGCUGCCGGCCGGGUUCAGCGCCCCGACUAAGAAGAUUGCCAUCAAGCAAAAAUCGCUGGUCUCGCAGAAGGGCUCCGAGGAUGGCAAGCUCCGGAAUCGGAGCCGCAAGGCACAGAGCUUCAAGAAGAAGGCCAUGCGGAAGGUGCAGACACGCACCAUGGCCAGUGACGCCUUCCACGGCUCUGUCGACAUGGACGACUCGCCCUCCUCCAGCGUGGACAUGCCGGACGGGUCAAGGACUGCCAACGACGACAGCGGCAUCUCAGAGCCCAAUGAGUCAGCCCCAGAUGGGAAAGAUUAUGAUGCGACGUCAGUUUCUGCCUCAAUCGUCACAGACCACAGCCGGACGAACUCCACCCGUAGUCGGACGGACUCAGGCCACAGCCGGACUGAUUCCAGCUACAGCGAGCUGGGCCAUGACAUCCCCUUGUCUUACUACGCCCGCCGGAAGUCACCCAGUACCUCCUCCACAGGAACCCAGGGCCUACUGACUAUGAACUCACAGCUUACUUUUGCCGAGUUUGUGGAGCUGUUCAAGUCUUUCAGCCUGCGCUGUCGGAAGGACCUCAAGGACAUAUUUGACUCCUAUUCCAAACCUUACUCCUCCAACAAGGACCCGCUACUGGCCAAGACGGAGGACUCUGAAACAGAGUAUAUGCCAGGAACCAUGUUCAGCUUGAGCAGGAACAUGUUCGUAGAGCCCCUGACUGACAGCAACCGCCGCGUGGCCGACGCCAUCGCGGCGUCCAGCGUCCAGGCCAACAGCACGGGCGUCCAGACAGUCACCACCCACGUGAUGGGCGUGGAGGAGUUGAGGCAGUUCCUGAGCCGGGAGCAGGAGGAGGAGCUGGAGGAAGAGGCCGUCUUGAGGAUCAUCCAGCGUCAUGAGCCAACGGCUUCCGUCAGGGACCAGCAGUGCCUGUCCUUUGAGGGCUUUGCCCGCUUCAUGAUGGACAAGGACAGCUAUGCCUUCAACAGCGAAGAGCGUGCCUACAAACAAGACGAGCACAACCACCCAAUGAGUCAUUACUACAUUGACUCCUCCCACAACACUUACCUAACAGGGCACCAGCUCCGAGGCGAGUCCUCUGUCGAGAUCUAUGCACAGAUCCUGUUGACUGGCUGUCGGUGCGUGGAGUUGGAUUGCUGGGACGGUGACGACGGCAUCCCGAUGAUAUACCACGGCCACACGCUGACUUCCAAGAUCAGCUUCAAGGAUGUAGUCGAAGCCAUCAACAGGGCAGCGUUUGUGACUUCGGACUAUCCCAUCAUUCUAUCUAUCGAGAACCACUGCUCCCUGCCCCAGCAAGCAAGGAUGGCACAGAUCUUUCUGGAUGUGUUUGGUGAUAAGCUGGUGACGAAAUUCAUGUGCGAGUCGGACUUCAGCGAUGACCCCCACCUGCCCAGCCCCGAGGACCUCCGAGGGAAGAUCCUGGUGAAAAACAAAAAGAUCAAAGCUAACCAGCUACCGCCGGAGCUUCUCAAACACAGGAUGAUGCAGAUGGUCGGAGAGCAGAAGAGCCAGUUGGGGGCGGAGCUUGCUGCAGCCACUGCCUCCAUGGGGGACAUUUCAGAGGAGGAGGACGAUGAGUUUGAGGAUGCCUAUGAAGACGUCCUGCCAAUAGAAGAAACCAGCAGUGAGGUGCCAGAGAGCAAGACUGGCACACUAUCCAGAAUGGAAUCAACGGCAACCGAUAUAUCAGAGCUUUCCGACGAUCCUUCCAAGUCCAUCUCAGUCAACAACAAUAACACUGCCAACGCUAAGACUUAUACCUCACAGAAGAGCAAAACAGGCAUAACGACGCCCAUCGGAGGCGGGGAAGACAUGCACAAGAUGGUCCAAGCCAAACACAAGAAGAAGAAGGAAGGGCACCAGAUUGCCGCACAGCUCUCCAACCUUGUCAUCUAUACGCAGGCCGUCAAGUUCCCUGGUUUUGCAGAGCAGUCAAGCUCCAGUAAGGACAAGACGGGUAAAAACCGAGAUAAGGAGCGGAAAGGAAGCACAUCCUCCAAUGCCUCUAUACCAGGUAGCCCAGCCCUUUCCACCAAGGAAAUCAGCUUGAGUCGAGGUGAUUCUUUGGACAUGGAUCGAGGCGUGCCGGACAGCCUGCCCUCGGAGCAGAUCUCCAGUCUGACGCAGACGCCCAAGUGCUACCACUGCUCGUCGGUGAAUGAGACCAACCUGAAGAGAAUGUUCCGCAAGUUCCCGGCCCAAUUUAUCAAGCAUACCGAGUACCAGUUGAUGCGUACCUACCCAGCGGGCAUGAGGAUAGACUCAUCCAACUACAGUCCCAUCAUCUACUGGGCCUUUGGUAUCCAGAUGGUAGCUCUCAACUACCAAACGGAAGACACCAACCUGAUAACCAACAAGGCCAUGUUUGAGCAGUCAGGCAACUCGGGCUUCGUCCUGAAGCCAGCCAACCUCAGGGACAAGACACACCCUCUCUUCCAGCGCUUCAACGCCUACGACAAGGUCUUCGAGGGGCUCCAGGCCAAAGAGUUGACCAUUUCUAUUGUGUCGGGCCAGUUCCUCUCCACCUCCAGCCCCAACGCCUCAUACAGCGUUGAGGUUGAGACCAUUGGCAUCCCGGCCGACUGCGCCAAAUGGAAGACCAAGCCUUCACCCCGCAAUGCCGUCAACCCCAUCUGGGACGAGACCUUCACCUUCCAGAUCAGCUACGAUGCAAAUGCCUUCCUGCGGCUGGCCGUGGUGGACAGUAGUGGAAACGUCAUGGUCCAGCGGCAGAUUCCCCUCAGGUGCCUCAGGACAGGUUUUCGGCAUGUCCGGCUCCGCUCACCCCAGAACGUUCCCCAAGAGCUGGCCACCCUGUUCGUCUUCACCCGCCUGGAGGACAUGAAGGACAUCUCGGACAAGACCCAGGUCUUGGAGGCCCAGCAGAAACGAGAGAUGCUGUCCAACAUGGUCUACUACCACAUCGGCCGAGAGCGCAGCUCCAGGAUGGAGUUCAUCGAGGUUGUUGACGGGUCGGAGGUCAAGCGGGAGGCCCAGCCUGUGGUUGUAUAUGGCAUUGUGUUCACUGAGCAGAGCACAACAUUGAAAGCCACACCAGACACAAGAGUCCAUGAAAUCAUCGCCCAGGCUCUAGGUUGGGCGGACAAGCAGCUGGACGAGAUCAGCCUGUACGCCUUGAUUGAGGACGUGCAGGAGAACUGGGAGGAGUACCCGGGGGAGUCCAAGGUGGACAGCCGGUUGGAGGAGCGCACCCUGGAGAUGGAUGAGAGGGUCCUCGAGGUGCAGGCUGGCUGGUCCGGAAAGGGCCGCUUUGUCCUCAAGCAGAUCACAGAGCUGCAGCAGGACCAGUCACACUGCCACCACUCGCCCGGCCACCUCAACCACUUCAACCACCUCAAGACCUCCAGUCUGCGGUCGCCGCGGUUCCACAGGAACCAUAGGAGACAUCGCUCGGAUGAGUGGGCAUCCGUCGAUGCCGGCAGCGCUGAGAAGACGUUCCUGGUCUGGGUGUACAACGUGUCCCAGGAGCAACCGUACACAGUGUUUAGGGCCUCAGUCACCAGCACAGCACAGGACAUCAUAGCCCAGGCAAUGGCCAAAGCCCACCGCCUGGACACCGACCCCAGCAACUACGUCCUAACUGAGGAGGUCUACAAGGACUGGAAGGGCUCCGAGAAGAAGGACAUCCAGGAGAAAGUGACCAGCCGUGUACUGGAGGACACUGAGAGAGUGUUUGACGUGCAGAACCAAUGGAAGACACCGGGCAGGUUCACCUUGAGGGACAGAGACGAGCCUGCCGUAGCUCAGAACCUGCCCAAUGUCAAGGUGGCUGUGAGCAGCGUGGUCGGGGGUAGUGGCAAGAAGUCCGGCUUCAAGCGGCUGACCAGCAUGAAGAACCGGAAGACCAGCAAGGAGAUAAGAGAGAAGGAGGGCUCACUACUUAACCUGUCAAGUGCAGCCAAAAAGUCUUCCACCUUGCCCCGCGACUUCAAGGCCGAGGACUUCAAGGCAGAGUUUGAGCGGAUGGAGGAGGCAGACAAGGGCUCCUCCCGUUCCUCCAAGAGCAAGCUCCUACCGUCCAGGACCAACCUGGUGGGCAAGCUGAAGCGGUGGAAGACGGAGAGCUCCUGAGAUCUACUCGUCUCCAAUCAUAGUCGGGGACCAUCGCAGGAUUAGACACAAGGCCGGUCGCAAGGAACAAGGGUCAACAGUGACUCAGUCGCAUAGGUUUUGGUGUGAACCUUAGAUGGGAGGGUCUCGUGCUGGCGUUGUGGAGCUUGUGAGGUCUUGUGAUGGUCUUAAGGGGGUCUCGACUACAAGAACAAAACAGACAAAGUUGAACAUUUUAAUCAGUGCAACAAUUUCACAUUCAACUUCCGAAAUGCCAAACGUGUCCCCGCUGGAUUUGCAGCAGAAAAAAAACUGAGAACAUCGCUGACAGUGUUGUAUACUUUGUUGUUUUGUUUUUAGGUUUCGUUGGGAAAUUAUAAGGCAACUUUUGCUUUGUUUGGAUGCGCUAAUAUGAAAAUGUUGUAUAUCCAAAAUGCUAACUUGUUUUGUUGGGUUGGCCUCUUGCGCCGCUGAUGCGUCGUUGUAAUGGGAAAAACUGGCUGGGAAUUAUGGCUCUGCCUUAUAUGCAUAAGCAGAAAAACCUUGAGAACCAUGGGCUCACCAUGCCACAUGGUCCACACCUUCGUCUGACUGCCUUAUACGCUUGUGCCAUCACCCAACAGCAGUAUUCAUAUCAACAAUACAGAGGGCCCAGUUAUGCGCAGAUCCUCUGCACCAGAUUCCAGUAGUCUUGUAUUGGUGUGCUGCACCCAUCGGCAACAGGUGUCUGAUGUUUCAUUGGUCCAAACAAAGGCAAACAAAUAAGUAAAUUUAACUAAACCAAAAUCUCGACAUUCUACUCCGUGAAGUUUAAGUUCUGUUGUCCACAGAGUUUUAGAGUAAUUUUGGAAAAUUUUAAUAUUGACCAAGGCAUUACACAUUCAUUUUGGAGAAACAGUGCUCCUUCCAAAUUUUUAAGAGUUGCAUCUAUUGAUGUCUAUGUACAACAUUAUUUUUCCAUAUGAUUUCCAUUUGUCAAAUAUUAUCUAAAUAUUAUUAGUGAGCAUUUCCCCCAAUUUUUAAGCCUCAAAGCUUGGCUAGUGUCUUGUACAAUGUAUGUUGUGUUUAGCAAAAUAGAGGAUUAUGACACGUAGGUCUUUUAUGUACGCUUUUUUAUUUCAAAAGUAUUACAAACUAUUGCUUUUUGUACUAGUUUUUAAAUUUCCACUGAAUUUUACGGACAUUCUUUAAGGCAAAUUGAGACUGGUCUUUUUUUUAUGGAAAGCACUUUUUAUAGGGCUAAUAAUUAAAAAGUUUAUUUGCUCUUGCAAGUUUUUGCAAUGCACAGUGUUCUGCUGAACCGUUUUUAAGAUUGUUUGCAAUAAAAAUUACCAGUGCAAAAUUGGUAGUUGCUUUUUCAAACACAAUGUAUUAUUUAUAAUGCGAGGAGUUGUUUGAAAUAAAAAUACCAGUAGUGCAAUGAAUAGGCUUGUGAUGUAUAGAUGACACCAUUUUACAUUUUGACCACUUCGGGCUUUUCAGGAGUGAGCAAAUUUCGCACAAUCGGCAGGUUUAGGUAUGCAAAAAUGGUGCAAGGGCAUUAAUAUUAAGUUGUUGUCAGCUUGUUCAUGUAGUGAUCACUACACAACAUGUACAAAUCAAGCUGAUUUGCAUAUUCAUAAAUGACCAAUUUCUCCUUGGCCACCCCAUGAUAUUGAAUCUGUCAUUCUGUUUUCAAAUAAGAGUAGACCAAAUAUGCCAUUUUUAAAUUCACAAAUCAGUGGUUUAUUUGCUUCAUGAUGGGUUUGUGCAUUAGUGCCUGGACCAGUGGCUACGUUACUUAAGCCAUUAAUGAGGAAUUCCUGUUCUUUGACAAACCAAAGAUUGAACAAACUUAUAAUCUAGAAGCACAAUUGUAAACCAUCAUGCUUAGUUUUGGUAAAAGUGUUAUAAAGAGUUUUAUGAGUAGACAGCCCUGGUCAAACAGCUUGCAAGUUUGAGUCAGACUCAAGAUUGUGCAUUCAAAAGUAACCCUCCUUUUGUACAAUCGGCAAUUCUUAUUUACAAUUUAAAGAGAUCAAUUUAAUUGUAAAUCAGCAGAAAAAAUUGUAAGUCUCUUGCUUGUUUUGAUUCUCUUGCUGCACUUUUAUUUUACAGUCAACACAGAAACUCAAGACAUUGGAUGAAUUCUUUUUUUAACCAUAAAAAUGGCACGUUGGGUUUGACAGAUUUCAAAUCUGGUGCUCAGUUGUUUUUGAAAACAAAGUUGCAUUUGAAGCAAGACACUUAGCAGAAGCACGAUUGGAAGCUACGACCAUCAGGAAUCUUGAUCAAAAGUUGUUAGACUGUCAUCCUAGGCUCGAUAGCUAAGUUGGCAGAGCAACUGCACAAUGCUUGGAAGACUGCUGGUUCGAAUCCUUCAACAAAAAUAAAACUGUACUAAUUUGGGUUCGGAUUUUUGCCAGGUUUCUCUUUAACCAUGGAAUAGCUUAAUAUGCUGCUCCGGUUGAAUUUUGUUUCCAGUCAGGAAUUUUGUCUUAGCUGUGAAUUGUAGAAUGAAAUGAAAUUUGAAGAGGGGUUUUAAUGACAUUUGCAUGGUUUUGCUUUACUUGGUUUUCAUUGCAAGUGCUCUGAAACAGGUGUGCUUACUUGUUGAGCAACAAAAUUAAUGAAACCUCAGUCAAAAAUUCUUCUUUAAAUUUGUUGUGGUUUUCACCAGUUCACCCCGUCUUGUACCCCAAUGUAAACUUGGCAUAGUUACAGUGUAGUGAGUAGAGUGCUUAAAAAGGUAAAUAUUUCUCUAAGAAAUUCCAUUGGAGCUGUGUGGAUUUUUCACAGAGGGAGGAGCUCUCUGUUUUUCCAAGACGCCUGUCACCAGAUAACCCAGAGCUUCCCUAACAGUAGUUUCAUUUUUCUUUCCAGAAAUUAGACUUCUAAUUAGAAGAAAGGAAAUUGUGUGUGGAUAUUGUAGCGGCAACUUCCCGAGCCUAGGGGAUGCUUGUCUGAGUGUGCCUGAAAAAAAAAUUCCACUGUAAUUCACUUGUAAAAUUAAUCUUACAAAUUUGUAAAUAAGAAAGCCUUACAUAUCUAUGCUGUUGAACCGACACAGCUGUAUGUAUAUUGUACAUGAACCUUUUUUUCUCCAAUGAGAUGUAAUUUGAAUCGAUUAUUAAGUGGAAAUUGUAUCUGAAUGGAGUUAUAAAAUCACAGCACAGUUAUUAUACCGGUAAUUGUCUUGUUUUCAAUGGAAUAAAGGUUAAAUUUUUGUCAUUGAGA